AUGAUUGAAAAGGGUGAUGGAUAUGGUGGAGAAGGAUAUAAUUAUGUAUCUGAAUACUACAAUUCUGUUUUUAUAUGGCUUCAUGGGAGGGGGGAUACAGCAGAUAGUUUUCUGAGAUAUAUCCAAAUAUUUCAACAAUAUAAAUCACUUAGAAGAACCAAGAUAAUUUUAUUGACUGCACCUAUAAUUUCACUAUCAUAUCUUGAAGGAUACCCAUUUAGAGCCUGGUUUGAUAUGUUGAAAUUUGAACCAUUAUUUCCUGAAAAACCAGAACACCUUUUUAAAACUUCAUCACGAAUAAUAAAUAUAGUUUUAAAGGAAAUAGAAAAAGGUAUUAAAUCAAGUAGAAUUGGAAUUGGGGGUUUUUCACAAGGUGCAGCUUCAUCUUACUUUAUUUCUUUAAGUUCUAUAAAGUGUACAUUUGGAUUUUGUAUAGUAGUAGGAGGUUGGCUACCUUUGAUUAAUAAUUUUUGUGAGAAGAAAGAAGUUGAGUUACUAAAUAAUUAUAUUACAUUUGAAGUCACAGAUGAUGUUAAAAAGAAUACUAAAUUUUUAAUUCUACAUGGAGAAUCAGAUCCUAGAGUCCCAUUAUUUUGGUCUAAAAGAUGUCAAGAUAUUGUCCUAUCUAUUAUAAAACCAAAGAAUUACCAAAAUAAAAUAUAUCCUAAUAUCGGUCAUACUAUAUCUAUUAGAAUGGAAAAUGAUUUUUUGGAAUUUAUGGCAAAAUGUUUGGAAAUUUGUUAA